AUGGCACAAACUGGACUUCUAAUUUUUCUCCUCAUUAGCAUACUACUGCUGGAUCAAGCUACUGGCCAGGCUUCCAAGUUCAAAGCCAGAAAGCACAGUAAACGUCGAGUGAAAGAAAAGGACAGUGAUCUAAAGACUCAGAUUGACAAGCUGUGGCAAGAAGUAAACUCCCUGAAAGAAAUGCAGGCACUUCAAACAGUCUGUCUUCGUGGAACAAAGAUCCAUAAGAAGUGCUACCUGGCAUCUGAAGGUGCCAAGCACUUCCAUGAAGCCAAUGAAGACUGCAUAGCCAAGGGAGGGACACUGGCUAUCCCCAGAGACAAUGAUGAAACCAACUCCCUUCGAGACUAUGGCAAGAAAAGUCUGCCAGGGAUUGCAGACUUUUGGCUGGGUAUCACCGACAUGGUAAACGAAGGGAAAUUUGUUGAUGUCAAUGGGAUGGCUCUAAACUAUUUCAACUGGGAUCGCUCCCAGCCAAAUGGGGGAAAGCGUGAAAACUGUGUCUUGUUUUCCCAGUCAUCUCAAGGCAAGUGGGGGGAUGAAGUCUGCCGUACUGUCAAAAGAUACAUUUGUGAAUUUCUAAUCCCAUAAUUCCAUUCCCAUUAGCUGAAUAUUUGGUUAUUAAUGUGCAGGUUUUGCAUGUUAGUAGUUCCUCCUACUUUCAGUGAUGAAUUGAAAAUACUUAUUGAAAUGCACAUCUCCCACAAUACACAAACCUUGCCCUAAGGCAGGAAUUUUCUUUAUUAAUUUAUUUUCCAUUCAACUGCUAAAAAGUUUGUGUUUAGUGAGGUCUCUCACCAUACAACUGUCGCAUAUGCUGUACGUUUUGUUUUGAGAUGUAUUGCAUCAUAUUUUGCCAUAUUCUCACAGUCCGAUGUUCAUGUUAUCAACAUCGUAAAGUCAAAAUCCAUCUUUCAAACCCACACUACAUGUCUCUAUAGAUUAGUGUUUGCUUGAACCCCAUGCAGAACUCCUGUCAAUAUUUAUGAAAGUUCCAUACAAAAAACAUUCACUAGAGAGUGAAGUUUGCCAGCAUGAGGCUAUGGAAGCUUAAGUAGAACUUUAGUGGUGUAUAAACCUCUGCAAAUGGAUGGAAUUCAUCUUCUGGAGCUCAACAAUGUAGCUCUGAGAUAAGAUUUUGAUCUAAAGGAAUUAAAAAAUGAAUAGAAGCUGAUGUUAUUCUGAAAGAUUAUGGAGUUAAAAAUGACAUGUUCCUAAAAAGUGGGGGAAAUAUUCCCACUAGCGAUCGAGACAUCAUGAAAUGCCAGCUGUGGAAAUCUUUUGUAUGUACUUGUCAUUUGGAAAACAUUGUCUUUGUGUUUCUGCCCUGACUUGUUUACACGCAAAUUCCAGUUAAGCACCUGAUGUUUGGAAGUGGAGGAAUUACACUGUUUAUUUUUUGCUAUUCUUAAUCUUUCAAAAGAACUGUAAAUAAAUCAUUUACAUACAGAGAAAUGGAAAUGAUAGAAAAAAAGA